GCCGGGCUACACGUUUUCCCUUCUCAAAUAAACAAAACAAAACACGGGCAUCCCUGGCUGGUGUGUCUUAAAACGCGCACUGACAGUUGACAUCAUUUCGCGCCAACUCUUUAUAACGAAGCAAUAAAUUUGUGUUAGAGUAAUUAAAUCUAAAUGAAACAACGAAUGUGGCAAUAAUAUUCAAUCAAUUAUAAGUCAAUUUUAUUAAAGUCUGUGAUAAGACAAGUGCUGUGAUCAAGUUCAAAAUGGCGUUCGCAGCGGCUCGUAUGAUCCUCAAAGACAAGAGACGGAAGGCUUCUAAGGAGGACUUCAGGGACCCGAGAAAUAGAAGCAAGGCCCGGAGCGCUAGCACCAGUAGCUUUAGGAGUGUAAGUCAGGCAAGGAACAAGCCUGCAGAUGGUGGUGGACACGUUAAUCAGAAGAACGCCGCGGGGCAGAAAGUCACUCCUGGUGGACAAAAAGGUGGGGCGAAAGGCGGACCAAAGACACCGGUGAAACCAUCAGCGCAGAAGGGUUCGGUGAAGACAGCACCGCCUAAGCAGGCAGCGGCGGCAGCAGUAAAGACUCCACAGGGCAAGAAGAAAAAAGGACACAAGCACCAACAAUAUGAACUUAUUGUUACUAUUAAUUUGUCAGAAUAUGGCCUCACAGAAGAACAAGUAGCAGAGUUCAAAGAAGCCUUCAUGUUGUUCGAUAAGGAUGAAGACGGGACCAUCACCAUGGCUGAACUUGGGGUUGUCAUGCGGUCAUUAGGACAGAGACCUUCAGAGACUGAGCUAAGAGAUAUGGUAAAAGAAGUGGACCAAGAUGGCAACGGAACUAUUGAGUUCAACGAAUUCCUUCAGAUGAUGUCCAAGAAGAUGCGAGGGGGAGAUGGUGAAGACGAGCUUAGAGAAGCAUUUAGAGUAUUCGACAAGAAUAACGACGGGUUGAUAUCUUCAGUGGAGCUGCGGCAUGUCAUGACGAACCUUGGUGAACGACUGAGUGAAGAAGAGGUGGAUGACAUGAUCCGUGAAGCAGACCUUGACGGUGACGGCAUGGUCAAUUACGAUGAAUUUGUGACAAUACUGACGUCGAAAAACUAGUAUGCAGAAAAACCUAAAAGAGAUCUGCCCCCCGAGGGACCGUCCCCAUAUCCCCACAGGGAGCUGUCACAACUGGGGGGUAAAGAAACUCUCAUAUAGCUCGUUCAGUGCGAACAGUGAUGUGUUUUAUAAUGCUUUGCUGAGUAUACGUUGGUGUGUAGAUGAUUGAACUGAGUGGUUUCUUUAAGAACAUACUAUUGUGUUUGCCUAAUUUUUUUUAAUUAACUAAAAGGCCCAGCUUAAGAUUAAGGUUAAAGUUCUCUAGGCAGACUUAGAGGGGUUCACAGUCAAAGCUAGUAGAAUUUUUCUUUCAAUAAAAGUCUAUAUAAAAAACUGAGAAAAACCCAGAUUUUUUAUAUUUACGGUUAGUUAGUUCCUUAAAGUAACUAAGAUUGUAAAAUGUAUUGCACAGUCGAGAAUCCGAAGGAAAUAGCAACUUGAAAAUGAGUAUUUAUCCAAGAGUACUAUCGAUUUUAAUAUCCGUAUCUACCGUGAUAGAACAAACUUAGUUUAUGGUCCUCCAGGCCGGAACUGCUUUUGGAAACUACCAAUUUAAAUAAUUUAAUUUACGUAUCGUAUCGCAGAUGCAUGUAUUUCUUUUUGAUAUUUAUAUCUACCAACUUAGUUUAUGGUCCUCCGAGCCGGAUCUUUUUUUUAAACCAAAUCAUUUACUUUCAAUUAUCUUUAUUUGGGGAAAAGAAUUAUACGAUUAAAGAAAACACUUAGUACUAUCAAAGUAUAAAUAUUUAGAAGUGUGUUCGUAGUUACUAAGUUAUGUACAAUCGGCUCUAAUUACUUAUUAUGUUACAGUACAACUGCAUUUAUAACUUUUAAUUAAUGUGUCGAUCUUUGGUGAAUUAAAAUUUAAUUAUUAUAUAAUUACUUUACAAGCCAUUUAAAUAAUAUUCUUUCAAAAUUAAACAAAGUUAAGAGCUGAUUGUACAACAAAGACGCUUAGAGUGUGUGCAAGCAUAGUUUUAAGUUAAGUGUAUAAGAAAGUGUUCAAAUAAAUGGAUAAAGAAUUUA